UACGAAUCAACCCGCGUACUCAGCCCCUCGCAGCCAUGGACGACACGUGGCUUUCGCGGCAGUUAUUGGAGAUGGAAAGUCUCAGCGCCAUCUAUUGCGAGGAGGGUGACUUGCGUGUGGACGAGGAGGCGCUCGAAGCGCUGGGUGCCGCAGCGAAAGACGUGGAGGCGUCGCUGUCUCGGCUUCCGGCGCUGUCCCUCUCUGUGCGCGUCUUCACGGACGACGCGGUGGCUGCGGGCUCGGUGCGCCUGGCGGCGGUGCUGCCGCAUGGAUAUCCGACCACAGCCGCACCGAUGGUGUGGUUGGAGCCCGAAGUGGAGGAGCGCCGCACGAAGCUCUGCGGGGAAGACGAAGCCCAACCGCUCGGCCUUCGGGGCCAGCUUGCCCGCACGGUCGCUGGAUGAAGCCCCGGUUUUCCUGAGGGCUUUGAGGUUCAUGAAUAUACCAUCCAACAAGCAUGGAAGUGGAACAUGGCCCUGUGGAAGACGAUAUAACCAGGCUGUAUUCCAUGCAACCAUGAUUCUUUCAGGGAGGCUACAACCGCGAGGGCAGGAACCAUGCUCUACAACACCGCCAAAAAGUUGAGGCCGUCCGUCCUUCUCACCGGUCGUCCUGACCUUUUUCGGAGG